AGUGAUUUUUAGUCUUGACGCUCUUUGUAUAACUCCCUUUUUUUACUUUAUGAGUAUUAUGAAUAAACCACUGAAACCGUCAAUACCUAAACGUAAAAAUUCAUUAAAAAAACAAUGGGAUAAAACUACCAAAGUAGUUAAUGUAAAACAAAAAAUUCACUCCAAUGUAUCAGAUAAAUAUACCGAAUUACAAAUAGCUACAUUUACAAAAUGGGCGAAAAAAAAGAUCCCAGAAAUUAAUGCAAUAGAUAAAGAUUUUCAAGAUGGUAAAAAAUUAAUAGAAUUGCUCGAAUUAUUCUAUGAAAAUGAUACUGAAGAAUUACCAAAACCAGAACGUGGUAAUAGUCGAGUUCAUUAUAUACAAAAUGUUAAUAAGGUUUUAGAGUUUUUACAAAAAAAAUUAGAUGAUAAUGG